UUGGGCUUGUUGUGGCAGUGGCAGAUAGCCAGUGGCAGCUUUUCUACAGCUGGGUUAGCUGGGCAGUUUUACACCCAGCUGUCAUGGUAAACAUUUGCGUUUCUGUCUUCAGGCAGACCCCAGCUUUGUGUGUGAGAGUACCGUGCAGCGUUUUAGCUACCUGUUAGAUCUGCUAGUAUUAAACAUGGCGACAGUUAAACGGGACAACAGACUGACGAGUUCUCAAAGUUUCCUGUGUGUGGGAUUUGCCGGUGUUUUCAGCAAAACCGUGACAUCCCCGCUGGAGGUGGUGAAGAUUCUGAGUCAGGUCGGGACUUUUCACUGUAAACGUGGUUUUAUUAACAGCUUUCUGCUGCUGUAUCACAGCGAGGGGCUGCGAGGCUUCUGGAAGGGGAAUGCGGUGUCCUGUAUGCGUCUGUUUCCUUACAGCGCUGUGCAUCUGGCAACUUAUAAAAAGAUAGUCCACCUCCACAUGGAUGAGCUUGGUCGUAUCUCACAGUGGAGGGCGAUACUGGCUGGGGGCCUGGCCGGUAUAUCUGCUGCUCUGGUUACGUAUCCACUGGAAGUUGUUGAAACCAGACUGAUCGCUCAAAACUGCAGGGAAUCCACAUACAGAGGGGUGCUGCACGCUCUGUCCCGCAUCUAUGAGAACGAGGGAUUCCUCGCGCUCUAUCGGGGCUUUUCCCUCACUAUUUUAGGUGCAGUGCCGUUCUCCAUUGGCUGCUAUGUAGUCUAUAUUAACCUGGAUAAACUGUGGCAGGAGCAUCACUUCCGCUUCAGCUCUCUACAGAACUUUAUUAAUGGCUGUCUCGCAGCAGGAGUCUCUCAAGGCCUCUCUUUCCCGUUUGAGAUGAUAAAAAGGAAAAUGCAGGCCCAGAGUCCUACCCUGCCCCACUGUGGAGGAGUUGAUGUCCACUUUACAGGCAUGAUCAACUGCUUUAAAGAGGUAAUCAAAACCAAGGGUGUGUUGUCCCUCUGGAAUGGCUUUACAGCAAACACAGUCAAGAUUGUCCCGUAUUACGGCCUGCUCUUCAGCUGCUUCGAGAUGUGCAAACAAGUCUGUCUUUACCAAAACGGCUAUAUAGUCUCUCCACUGAGCUACAAACUCCAACCAGGAGUGGACCAAAGCCUGGGCCCACAGGAACUGCAGGAGUUUAAACGUUACCUGAGGAAUAGAAAGUCACAGACACAGAGUUCUUCAAUUGGAAAUCGCUGGUGAACACGUCUUUCCUUGACCUUGUGAUGGACUGAGGGACAACAGAAGGACGGAACACGGAAAACGUUUGAAAGUUUGAAUGGGAAUUUUCUCUACUAAGUACAUUAUCUGGCACUGUGUUGCACUAGGUUCUUGUGGCAAAAUGCUUUAAAGCUAGACAUCAUCAGCAGAUCAAGCACGUGCUUUCACUUCUUGUUAUCAUGAGUGCUGAUAAAGCAGCUCUGGGGGUGGAUUCUCAUAUAAAUCAGGGCCAUCUCAGCUAACAGUUUGUGCUUUUAGAACGUUUUCUGAAUGUUACAGUUAAUGUUUACAUGGCCAAUUACCCAACACACUCAUUAGGACUCCCCCUAUCACUAGUGAUGCCACAACACCAGCAGGGUAAAGACUAACACAUGCCUCCUCCGAUACAUGUGAAGUCAGACUCCGCCUCUUUUUGAACUGCUGCUGAUGCAGCAUUGACGAGUAGCAUCACAGCGCACUCGGAGGAAAGCUCAGCGAUUCGGUUCCGGUACAUCAGCUCACAGGCGCCUUGUGCUGAUCAACAUCACCCUUUGGAGUGAUGAGGGGAAAAAAGAGCGCCACCUACCCACCCAGAGAGAGCAAGGCCAAUUGUGCUGUCUAGGGGCUUCAGUAGCCGAUGGCAAGUUACUUUCCCCUGGCUGGGGACAUUGUGAUAAAUAUUCUAAUAAUGUGAUGCUAACCGAUAUGUUCCUGAAAAUUGUUUCUGUAACAUUACUGGCUAUCUUUCCUGGAACCUUUUUGAAACAUUGCUAAACGUUCUUAUAAAAAAAUCAUAAUUUCUUCAUAUAUGUAACAUUUUAAGGGGCCUUGUUUCAAUAGCCAAUAGUUCAUAACUGACAUGAUGCUUUGAGAGUCUGGCUCCUGUAAGCUAAUUCUGCGUUGAAUUAACCUUUGAAGUCAGAUCUCAGAGCUGGUGAUUCAUCUCAGUUCAUUUGAGUUGAUGAUGGUGUUUAAUAUAUAUAUAUAUAUAUAUAUAUAUAUUUUUUUUUUUUUUUUUAUUGUAUUAGCAAUAUUAAUAACAAUGCAUUAUGCAAGAGGAAUUGGACAGUACAGGGUUUAUGCCUGAUUUAAUGAGGCAUAAAUAAAUAGAAGUGAUGAUAAACUGGUUAAAAAUACUGCUUUUAUUACUGUUAAUCAGUGGUGAGGCCAUCUAGGAUACAGAACUUUGGGUUUAUGUGGCUCAACCAACUUUCUGAGUAGGAAAUGUGAGUUUUGGGCACGUUUCAGUUGAAAUGUUAUACUUGGACCUCUUUGGAAAUUUAGAAAUCUGUUUUAAAUUGACAGUAUAAAAAACCUAGAAAUAAAAGUUAAAAUACUUAGUAUUCUGGUGUCCAUAGCAUUGGAAUCUAAUGGUUAGAGGAACUGUGAAUUUUGUAAAUUGCAUAUCUGUUUGACGUUUUCAUGAAGUGGACAACCUUUUUUUACCUUUUGACGAAAGUGCCCACAUUGUGGUUUAAACUGAAGGUGUUGUUUUUAUGGUAAGCUGCACAAAAUGCACAGAUAAGUGUUCAGAACUGUAAGAAUAAAUACUGUCAGUGUUCAGUAAACAGUAUGGACUUUCUCCUGUGGCCUGGGUCAGAAUUGAUUAUAUUGGAAGCCAAUAAUCACUGUUGAUUCCACUUCUGUAACAAUACCUGCUGCUGAACAUUCACUUUUCACAAUGGUGCUAUUGCGCCUGCUACUGCAGUCAAUACAAUCUUCGCCAUGUUGGAUAUCUUGGCCCAGCAUACUUAAAGCACAGCCCUUAAUUUCUGCAAUACCUCAGAUAUUAUUUUAUAGUGGAACGUAAACCACUAUCAAACCUUUCAGUCAGUGUUAUGCUUUGUGUUAUUGAUAUGAAUGUCUUAGACAAGAAGGGUACUUUUCCGUUUAUUAGAAAUGAAAGGAUUGGACUAUUUCAGUGCCUUUGUUUGGACAUAUGAUGCGUAUGGUGAAGUAAAAUUUUAAUGCAUUAAGUUAUUUUUGAGAGAAAAUGUUUUCCUUUGUGCUCUGUACAGCAUGUAUAAAUGAUGAGGUUUUAUAUAGUAUUAGUUAUAUAAGUACUGAUGGCAGUCAAUGAUUGCAAGUGUAACAAUGUAAAUAUUAAAUUUGUCUUUGUCUUUUUAA